AUGCCCCCAGGUCCCCAGUCUCUGUCCUCGCUACAAAAGUUGCCCCUCCUUCGGCUACGAAACCCCGUACUCACCCCGCCACCGUCUUCUUCCGGCUUCGGCUCUCUGUGCUCACGAACGACGAAGACGACGGCAACCCGUCGGAUACCGAUUCACGACACACGACAAUACCGCCGCUUUACCAACGGCGCUCGUCUGUGGACUUCAAACGAACGACGAAACGUCUUGCUGCUCGGAAAGGAAUUGGGCGCCGAGAGAUACACGGACGAAAUGGCGGACCGGAUUCACCGUGUUACCAUGUUCAAGAUUGCCGACGAGGGGCAGCAGCAGCAGCUGAUUGAACAAUACAAGAUCCUGGGGAGCUCGCACAAGAAGGACGGGAAGCCAUACAUUCUCUCCAUGGUCGUCGGCCCGGCCGUGGAUGACCCGCGCACCCAGGGCUUCACCGUUGUCGCCAAGACCGAGUUUGCCUCGCUCGAGGACAUGAAGUACUAUGACGACGAGUGCGCCGCCCACGGCGUCCUCAAAACCUUUGUCAAGGGCAGCCUCACUAUCGGCGGUAUCUUAUCCGUCUACUUUAAGCCCGAGGCCAUCUCCGUCUUGUAA